AUGGCAGAAGCAUCGACUUCUUCGAGAAGGUGGUCACUUUUUCUUCGUCCGGUACUCAUCCCAAACCUCGAGCAUGCAAACUUCCAUGAAUAUGUGCAGGGGUCGGCCGCCCUAGCUAAAUUCGACGGUGAAGAUAUUGUGAAAGAAGAUGUAGAUGAGAAGAUUGAGGAAGAUGCGCAACGAAUAUGGAACGAAUCUCGAUUCGAUCCGCGCAAAGUUGGGGAGGAGCAAGCACGCCAAAAUACCACGCAGUACCUCGAAGAAAACGAAUUCCACUUCCGCGAUGCGGCAGCCAAUAUCGGAAUGUUUCUCAAAGGAAGGUUUCCUUGUGGUAUUCGGGCUUGCGACAAGAUCAAGCACCUUCGCGUCUACAUCCGUUGUGAAGAGUUCCUGGGAUGGGCGGGCUGGGGCGAAGGGGAUUAUGGAGAUGGCGGACCGGAAGAAACUGACGAAGAUUUUGAAUGGGAAGAGCGUCAGAACAACGUCUAUGAUGAGGUCUCUCGCGUGGCCAAAGCCUUUUCGCGGAUCCCUUUCCCUUCGCGACCACACAUCACUAUGGUAAUAGUGACUCCGUUUGGCCGCUUCGGUGCCGAAGGUGUCGAGGAAGAGAGGGUCUUAUUCAACUUCAUCGAAGCGACACUCGAGCCCUAUCAUGACCUCAAGAGUACUGGUGCGACAGUGACAGUCAGCACGAUAGAAGCCGACGACGCCGAGGAAGAGUAUGCAUCGACGGCCUCCGCGCUGGACUUCGAAAUCACAUGGCUGUAUGAGCUAGAAGAACAAAAGUAUAAAGAAGUACGCCGGAUUGUUAGCUGA